CCGUUUCCCCAUACCAUUACGCCAUUCUCUUCUGUUGUUUUUUGCAAUAGAAGUUUUCUGUUUUGUUUUUCUGUGUUGAAGCGAUGGAUCGGAAGGUUGGGUUUGCGGUGGUGCUUAUGUGCAUUGUAGUGGCCGGCGUCGGAGGUCAGUCUCCGGCCGCUUCGCCUGCCAAAGCUCCGGCUGCGUCUAAGGCCGCCGCCACUUCUCCGGCUGCUUCGCCUUCCACAGCUGCCGCUCCUUCAAAGCCUAAAACUCCCGCUCCCGCUUCGGCUCCUCCGGCGCAGGCUCCGGCCUCUACUCCACCCUCAGCCGCAGUCACGGCUCCAGCUGCCGCGCCGCCAGCUAAGACGCCGGAAUCUGCACCCCCGGCUCCCGUGCCAGUGAGCUCUCCACCGGCCGCCGCUCCCGUGAAGUCCCCACCCGCAGCCGCGCCUGUCCAAUCUCCACCGUCUCCCGCGCCGGAGGCCGCCACUCCACCUGCUGCCUCUUCCCCUCCCGCCGCGGCCCCCGUCGCCCCGCCUACAUCAUCAGAGACUCCUGCUCCGGCUCCGAGCAAGAGCAAGGGCAAAGGCAAGAAGAAGAGUAAGAAGCACACCGCAUCUUCACCGGCUCCUUCUCCCGAGCUUCAAGGCCCACCUGCGCCUCCUAGCGAAGCCCCCGGACCUAACGCCGACAGUAUCUCCCCCGGUCCGGCACUCAGCGAUGAGAGCGGGGCGGAGAAGUUGAUGAGCAUGGUGGGAAGCUUGGUAAUGGGAUGGGCGGUAUUUAGCUGGAUGUUGUUCUAGAGAGGAGGGGACGACGUCGUAUUUUGUUCCACGGUCUGGAUCUGAUUUAGAGAAUUUGAUUUGUUGUAUUCUGCUGGAAUAUGAUUUGGAUCCGGUUUAUGGCCACAUUGGCAUGCAUUUUCUAUAUUCUUUUGGUAUAGCAUUAUUAGGUGGAGACUGGAGAGGAGACUACUUUUGUGUUCGUUCUGUUUGUAUUUGACGCGUUUUGGACUCACUUCUCUUAUAUAUAAACCAUUUAAUGUUAUAUAUAUUUGUUUAUUUAUGAAAUAUCAACACUGUCAAUUUAGCU